AUUUCUUUCCGAAAAACAGAAACAAUGGUGGCCAUGGCUGAGAAUCAGGCAACGAAGAACGGCGGAAGCAGUCUCAAGUUCCUCUGUAGUUACGGCGGCAGAAUACUUCCCCGUUCAAUCGAUGGGAAGCUCCGUUACGUCGGCGGUUUCACCAGGGUGCUCUCCGUAAGCCAUUCCAUCUCUUUCACAGAGCUAAUGGUGAAAUUGGAGGAAUUCUGUGGGUACUCCGUUGAUUUGAAGUGCCAAUUACCAGACGGAGAUCUCGAGACACUGAUCUCCGUCAAAUCAGACGAGGAUCUCGCGAACAUCGUGGAGGAAUACGAUCGCGUCCACGGAGGCAAGAUCCGAGCAAUUUUGUCGCCUCCUAAGCAGAUGUCGCCACGAUCGAGCGGCGGCGAUCUGUCACCGAAGUCUCCUUUCUCCGUCGUGGCUUCUCCUUCUCCGCCGAAAUCUCCGGCGUACAUGAGGUUUCUACAGCCACGUUAUUGUGUGGCUCCGACGGAGAAUCUUCCCAGUAGAAUAUUCCGUAAGCGAGCUGAGGAAUAUUCUCGUUGCUGUAAAUGCCGUGUGCACAACAGAGACUCCAAGCUCAUCUGGCAUUGA